AUGGAGCUGGCUUGGAACUCAUUCUUUAUUGUCCUCCUAAGCUUUUCAUGCUGGGGCUUGGAUUGGGAAUCUGAUAGAAACUUCAUGUCAGCUGCUGGUCCUCUCACCAAUGACUUGCUAUACAACCUGAGUGGUUCACUGGGAAACAAGACUUCUAAUUUUGCAGCAGAAGACAAAAGCAUUUAUGUUUGUCAACAACCUGUGCCUGCUUUCCUGCUGGAGUAUUUCAGCAGUGUUCGUGCCAGUGAGAUCACCCAUUAUAAAGUAUUCCUACCGUGGGCACAACUUCUCCCAGCAGGAAGCUCCAAGAACCCAGACAGCAAAACAGUGCAGUGCUACCGGCGGUUGCUUGAGACCCUCAAGGCUGCACAGCUUCAGCCCCUGGUCGUUCUGCAUCACCAGAAUCUCCCUGCCAGCACUGUCCAGAGAAGUGAAGUCUUUGCUCAUCUCUUUGCAGACUAUGCCACAUUCGCCUUCCACUCCUUUGGGGACCUGGUUGAGAUCUGGUUCACGUUUAGUGACUUGGAGGAAGUGAUAAAAGAGCUGCCCCACCAGGAAUCAAGAUCUUCACGUCUCCAGACCCUCACUGAUGCCCACAGAAAAGCCUAUGAAAUUUACCAUGAAAAAUAUGCUUCUCAAGGUGGAAAGCUCUCUGUGGUCCUCAGAGCUGAAGCUAUCUCGGAGAUCCUGCUGCAACCCUCCACAUCUUCCCUUGCCAAGGGCGCAGUUGAUUUCCUCUCUCUUGAUGUGUCUUAUGAAUGCCAAAGCGAGGCAAGUUUGCCACAGAAGCUGAGUAAAUUACAGACUAUUGAGCCAAAAGUGAACAUUUUCAUCUUCAAUCUAAGAUUCCAGGACUGCCCUUCCACCAGGAAGAACUCUGCGCUGCUCUUUAGCAUUCGCAAAGCCAUAAAUGAAAACCAGAAUCUCACCAUUGGGUUUGAUCUUAAUACUUUCCUAAGCUGUUCACCAAGUUCCAAGAAAAGCGGGCCCGGCUCCCAGCGGGGUCCUCCCCAGCAGGACCUGGGGGGCGCGCGCUCCGCCUACCGCAGGGCGUGGGGGGCGUUCGCCAACCAGUCCCGGGCCCAGAGGGACGCGUUCCUGCAGGACGCUUUCCCCGAAGGCUUCCUCUGGGGCGCGUCCACCGGGGCCUUCAGCGUGGAGGGCGGCUGGGCCGAGGACGGCCGCGGCCCGAGCGUCUGGGACGGCGCGGGGCGCGGGGGCGCGGCGACGCCCGAGGUGGCCAGCGACAGCUACCACAAGGCGGCCUGGGACGUGGCCCUGCUUCGGGGCCUGGGCGCGCAGGUCUACAAGUUCUCCAUCUCCUGGUCCCGCGUGCUGCCCGGCGAGGGGCGCGCGCCCAGCCCCCGCGGCGUGGCCUACUACGGGCGGCUGGUGGCGGCGCUCCUGGCGGCGGGCCUGCAGCCGGUGGCCGCGCUCUCGCACUGGGACCUGCCGCGCGCGCUGCAGCGGCUCGGCGGCUGGCGCGACCCCCGGGUGGCCGACGCCUUCCUGCGCUACGCCGCCUUCUGCUUCGCCACCUUCGGGGACCGCGUGAAGCUCUGGGUGACCUUCCACGAGCCGUGGGUGACGAGCUACGCCGGCUACGGCAGCGGCCAGCACCCGCCGGGCAUCUCGGACCCGGGGGUGGCCUCCUUCGAGGUGGCUCACUUGAUCCUCAAGACUCAUGCCAGAGUUUGGCACCACUAUAAUAGCUACUAUCGUCCACAGCAGCAGGGACGUGUAGGCAUUGUGUUGAACUCAGACUGGGCAGAGCCUCUGUCCCCAGAGAGGCCCGAGGACGUCAGAGCCUCGGAACUCUACUUGCACUUCAUGCUGGGCUGGUUUGCACACCCCAUUUUUGUGGAUGGAGACUACCCUCCUGCCCUGAAGGCUCGGAUCCAACAGGUGAACCAACAGUGCCCCAGUCCUGUGGCCCAGCUCCCUGAGUUUACUGAAGCAGAGAAGCAGCUCCUGAAAGGCUCCGCUGAUUUUCUGGGUCUGUCUCAUUAUACCUCCCGCCUCAUCAGCAAGACCCAACAAGAUUCCUGCAUCCCCAGCUAUGAUGCCAUUGGAGGCUUUACCCAACAUGUGGACCCUGCAUGGCCCCAGACCUCAUCCCCUUGGAUUUAUGUGGUGCCCUGGGGCAUAAGGAGGCUGUUAAAGUUUGUGUCUUUGGAAUACACAAGAGGAAAAGUUCCGAUCUACCUGGCUGGGAAUGGCAUGCCUAUAGGGGAGACUGAAGAUCUCUUUGAGGAUUCCUUGAGAGUAGACUACUUCAAUAAAUAUAUCAAUGAGGUGCUCAAGGCCAUCAAGGAGGACCUGGUGGAUGUUCGAGCUUACAUCGCUCGUUCCCUCAUAGAUGGCUUCGAAGGCCCCUCUGGUUACAGCCAGAGGUUUGGGCUGCACCACGUUAACUUCAAUGACAGCAGCAAGCCAAGAACUCCCAGGAAAUCUGCCUACUUUUUCACCAGCAUCAUUGAAAAGAACGGUUUCCUUCCCAAGGUAGUCAAGAGCCUGCCACCACCCCGUACGGCCGACUUUCCAACUAAAAUCAGAGCCUUCCCUUUUCCAUCUGACGUGCCCUCCAAGGCUAAAGUAGUUUGGGAAAAGUUCUCCAACCAACCCAAGUUUGAAAGAGAUUUGUUCUACCACGGCACUUUCCGGGAUGACUUUCUGUGGGGCGUGUCCUCAUCAGCCUAUCAGAUCGAGGGAGCUUGGGAUGCUGAUGGCAAAGGUCCCAGCAUCUGGGAUAACUUCACCCACACACCAGGGAACAACGUGAAAGACAAUUCCACCGGAGACAUCGCCUGUGACAGCUAUAACCAAUUGGAUGCCGAUCUGAAUAUGCUUCGAGCUUUGAAGGUGAAGGCCUAUCGCUUCUCUCUCUCCUGGUCUCGGAUUUUCCCAACAGGGAGAAACAGUUCUAUCAACAGAUAUGGUGUUGAUUAUUACAACAGACUGAUCAAUGGCUUGGUGGCAAGCAACAUCUCACCCAUGGUGACCCUAUUCCACUGGGACCUGCCCCAGGCCCUCCAGGAUAUUGGAGGCUGGGAAAAUCCUUCCUUGAUUGAGUUGUUUAACAGCUAUGCAGACUUUUGUUUCCAGACCUUUGGGGACAGAGUCAAGUUCUGGAUGACCUUCAAUGAGCCCACAUACCAGGCAUGGUUAGGUUACGGCUCAGGGGAUUUUCCUCCAAAGGUGAAAGACCCAGGCUGGGCACCUUACAGGAUUGGCCAUGCAAUUAUCAAAGCUCAUGCCAAAGUCUAUCACACUUAUGAUGAGAAAUACAGGCAGGAACAGAAGGGGGUCAUCUCUUUGAGCCUCAGUACACACUGGGCAGAGCCCAAGUCACCGGAGCUCCCGAGGGACGUGGAGGCAGCUGACCGAACCCUGCAGUUUUCCCUGGGCUGGUUCGCCCACCCUAUUUUCCGAAAUGGAGACUAUCCUGAUGCCAUGAAGUGGAAAGUGGGGAAUAGGAGUGAGCUUCAACACUUAGCCACCUCCCGCCUGCCAAGCUUCACCGAGGAAGAGAAGAGCUACAUCCGAGCUACAGCUGAUGUUUUCUGCCUCAAUACCUACUCCUCCAGAAUCGUGCAGCACAAGACACCCAGGUUAAAUCCACCCUCCUAUGAAGAGGACCAGGAGACCACCGAGGAGGAGGACUCCUCGUGGCCUUCCACAGCCGUGAACAGAGCUGCGCCCUGGGGCACGCGAAGGCUGCUCAACUGGAUCAAGGAAGAGUACGGGGACAUCCCCAUUUACAUCACUGAAAACGGGGUGGGGCUGGGAAAUUCCAAAGUGGACGAUACCGAUAGGAUAUUUUAUCACAAAACCUACAUCAAUGAAGCUUUGAAAGCCUAUAGACUUGACGGCGUAGACCUUCGAGGAUAUUCUGCGUGGUCUCUGAUGGACAACUUUGAGUGGCUGAAUGGCUACACAGUCAAGUUUGGACUGUACCAUGUUGAUUUCAACAACAGAAAUAGGCCUCGCACGGCAAGAGCCUCCGCCAGGUACUACACAGAGGUCAUCACCAACAACGGCAUGCCGCUGCCCAAGGAAGAUGAGUUUCUCUAUGGACAUUUUCCCGAGGGCUUCAUCUGGAGUGCAGCCACUGCUGCGUAUCAGGUUGAAGGUGCAUGGAGAGCAGAUGGCAAAGGACUCAGUAUUUGGGACACGUUUUCUCACACACCACUGAAGAUUGGGAAUGAUGACAAUGGAGAUGUGGCCUGUGACAGUUAUCACAAGAUUGCUGAGGACGUGGUCGCCCUGCAGAACCUGGGUGUGUCCCACUACCGCUUCUCUGUCUCCUGGUCUCGUGUCCUCCCAGAUGGAACCAACAAGUACGUCAAUGAAGCAGGCCUCAACUACUAUGUGCGGCUCAUCGACGCUCUGCUGGCCGCCAAUAUCAAGCCCCAGGUGACCAUUUACCACUGGGACCUGCCCCAGGCACUCCAGGAUGUUGGGGGCUGGGAGAAUGAGACCAUUGUGCAGCGCUUUAAAGAGUAUGCAGACGUGCUCUUCCAGAGGCUGGGGGACAAGGUGAAGUUCUGGAUCACUCUGAAUGAGCCCUUUGUCAUCGCAACCCAGGGCUAUGGCUACGGGACAGCAGCUCCAGGAAUCUCCUUUAGGCCUGGCACUGCCCCCUACGUUGUUGGCCACAACCUAAUAAAGGCUCACGCUGAGGCCUGGCACCUGUACAAUGACGUGUACCGGGCCAGUCAAGGUGGCGUGAUUUCCAUCACCAUCAGCAGUGACUGGGCUGAGCCCAGAGACCCCUCUAACCAGCAGGAUGUGGAAGCAGCCAGGAGAUACGUUCAGUUUAUGGGAGGCUGGUUUGCACACCCUAUUUUCAAGAACGGCGAUUACAACGAGGUGAUGAAGACACGGAUCCGUGACAGGAGCCUGGCUGCCGGCCUCACCAAGUCUCGGCUCCCGGAGUUCACGGAGAGUGAGAAGAGGAGGAUCAAUGGCACCUAUGACUUUUUUGGAUUCAAUCACUACACCACCAUCCUGGCCUACAACCUUGACUAUGCCUCAUGGAUCUCCUCCUUUGAUGCAGACAGGGGAGUCGCCUCCAUCACAGAUCGCUCUUGGCCAGACUCUGGUUCCUUCUGGCUGAAGAUAACACCUUUUGGCUUCAGGAAGAUACUGAACUGGUUGAAGGAGGAGUACAACAACCCCCCAAUUUAUGUAACAGAGAAUGGAGUGUCCCAACGGGGAGAAAGAGACCUCAAUGACACCCUAAGGAUCUACUACCUCCGCAGUUACAUCAACGAAGCCCUGAAAGCUGUGCAGGAUAAAGUGGACCUUCGAGGAUACACGGUUUGGACUCUGAUGGACAAUUUUGAGUGGGCCACAGGCUUUGCAGAGAAGUUUGGUCUGCAUUUCGUGAACUACACAGACCCUUCUCUGCCUCGGAUCCCAAAAGCGUCAGCCAAGUUCUACGCCUCUAUAGUCCGGUGCAAUGGCUUCCCUGACCCUGCUGCAGGGUCACACCCUUGUCUCCAGCCAGAAGAUGCUGAAGCUACUGCCAGUCCCAUGCGAGAGGAGGAAGUUCAGUUCCUGGGGUUAACACUAGGUGCGACAGAAGCCCAGACAGCUUUGUACGUACUCUUUUCUCUUGCAAUUCUUGGUGUCUGUUGUGUGGCAUUUCUGUCAUACAAGUACUGUAAGCACUCCAAGCAAGGGAAAACACAAGCAGGCCAACAGGAACUGAGCACAAUUUCUGCAUUCUGACCUGCAAGUUGCCACUUGCUCCAGUUAGCAAACAAGCGUGGUUUGCCCAUAUGCCUGUACUGUGCACAGAACUCCUUGGAUCUCCUCUUCUGCCUAUACCAGACUUCAUAAAGGCCUUCUGCACUGUUAGGGACCACUAAGUCCCUAAUUAAAAUGGAAAUAUCUGCAUCUUGUCCCAGUAUCAGGAAUUCACUGGUUCUUGUGGAAACAUACAAGUACUGAGCUUAUCUGAUGGUUCUGUGAGACACUUAAUUGGGCUGUUUUAAGGUUCAGAGACUUCAAAGGUGGAAAUAUGAGUAAAAACCAUAGCAAUUCUUUUUUAUAAGAAAUCAACUCCACUGUUUGCCUUCUUCCUCUCUCAAUCUGUGGUAAUUCUGAACCUCGUGUAAAUCCCUAUCCCAUCUUCCUGUGUCUUUGCAAAUACUCUUCUCCUUAGGAUGCCCUUUUCUGAAAAUGCCUUCAAGUCUCAGCUCAAAUAAUAUACCUUUCUCUCCACAUAGCUGCCCCUGAUUUCCCCAAACAUGCCUUCCACUACUUUGCUUAUAAAUAUCCCCUAUUACAGCUUGUCCAUAUUCUAGUGGAAGUGUAUAUUUCCCUACUCUCAGUUCUUGAGGAUAAAGGACCAUGUCUCACUGUCUCUAGCAAGCACAUUUUGGAGACAGGGCAUAGAAAGCACACCUGUUCCUGUUGUGUGUUUUAGUCACAAAACACACCCAGAGUAGUGCUGGGAGCACAGAAAGAUGAUGUGGUCUUUGUCAAUUCCCCUCAAUGUGCUAAUAAUAAGACACCUGGGAUAUUGGAGAGAAUGGAUAUUUGGGAGAAUUUAAAAAUAAAGGGUAGUUUUCAACUAAAUUUAAAAGAGUAAUCAUGGCUUGAUUGGUGGAAUAUGCAACUCUUGAUCUUGGGAUCCUAAAUUCAAGCCCCACAGGUGGUGUGGAGUUUACUUAAAAUUAAAUAAAUGUCUGAUUAUGCUUGAAAUUGUGUUUCCUGCGAGCAUUCCUUACUGGAGUUUAUCUGUAGAAAAUUCCUAUCAAAUGUUUCACUGGUGGGGGGCAAGGGGCAACCUGACAAUUUGUGGUAUAGAAACAUUCUUCUCCAUCGAUGGACUGGAAAAGUUUGUCAGAUGGGAGUAAGGGUGGUUCUAAAACUGGUAUGAAAGACAUUUCUUAGGCAUAAAGACCCAGUAUUGUGUCAAUUACAUCUAAAUCUCAAAAUUCAAUGUAACUUAUUUGAGGAGGAGGGGGCAUAAAGUUUCACAUUAAAUAAACUUGUGGGAAGAAGAAUAAUCUGGGCAAAAGAAUAUUAAAACAUUAUGGAGCUAGUUAUUAAAAAAUAGGUUGGUAGCACAGAAAAGAAAGAUCAACAAAAAAGCACAUACACAUAAACUACAUAUGCGCAUGAAGCAUAGAACAAAGGUGGCAUGCCAAAUUAGGACAGAGGGAAUAGACCACAAAUGGUGAUGCAUCAAGAGGUUAGCUCCUCAGGAUGUUAGCCACUGGAAAGGGAGCCAGAUCCCAGAUUUAAAUGUAAAAAAAUUAAACCAUGAGAAGACUAGGAGAGAGAUGGGUGAAUUUUUUAAAAUUAAUUUUCAAAGUAAGAAAGGUAUUUAUAAGCAAGACUUAGGACCCAGAGGCCAUAAAGAAAAACACCAAUAAAUGUGAUCACACAAAUACUGUGGCAGAAAAUUACCAUCAACAUCAAAAGAUAAAUAGGGAGAAAAUAUUUAUAGCAUAUUCUAGACAAAGGGCUAAUUUUCUUUAUAUACAUCAAAUUCUUAUAAAUCAAUAAAGAUGAAAAACCAGCAAAUACAGUCAGUUCUCAAAAUAAAUGGAAAUGAUCAGUAAUGUUAAAAGAUGCUCAACUUUCAUUUGUGAUCAAUACAAUGCAUAUAAAAUGCAUACAAUUUUUCAUCUACCACUGACAAAGAUGAAAAAGUGUAUGUGGGGAAAUGGACAUUCUUAGAUACUGUUGGUGGGAGCAGCACUCUGGCAGCUUCAUUUAUGAUCCAAACCGCAAACACUCUAUGGCUCAGUUAUACAAACAUACCCUAUUGGUAUAUUUUCACAGCUAAGACAAUGCUGUCCCAAAGAUGUUCAGUAUAGCAGUAUUUCUAAUAGAAAAACAAAAACAAGCCAAAAAUCUCCCGUAAUAACCCAUGCAUGCCACCAAAGAAUGAAUAAGUUGAGGUACAUUUAUCAAAUAAAAUGUUACACAGCCAUUAAUAAGAAUGAGGUAGCUAUGUGUUGAUAGGGAAAGAUCUUUUAAGACUGUGUAAGUAAAAAAGAGGAUGAUCGUAUUUAAAAAAUAAAGAUCACAUAUUUGCUUAUAUAUGCAUAACAUUUUUCUGAAGAUUACAAAAGAAACUGUUAAUAGAAGUUACCUCUGGGGAACAGAACUAGAGUAAGAUGCAAAGAAAGAGACUUCAUUUUCAUUUUACAACCCUCUAUAGUGUUUUGAAUUUUUUACCUAACUAUACUUUUUAAAAUAUAAAAUUGAGGGAUCCUCUUACUCAAAGAUUGUGAAUUAUUCUUUUAUGUACAUUUCUCUGAAAUCUAUAUUAAAUUUUUUCAAGCAAAUGGACUUGAGGUAUUCCAAGUUUCUGCAAGUAUAUUUCUAAAAGUUGUUAGGUUUCAAAACCCAUUCGAAAGGUUGUUUUGUUUUUUUAAGUCACAUAUUGCUGUAUCUUUUAAGAUUACAAAUCUUUACUUAAAUGGGAUGCUUGCUGGAAAUAUUUAUUUUCCAAACUUUUUAGAGUAUGCAAGUAAUAUGAUCACCGCAGAAAAUCGCGAAAACUUAUUAGGGUGCAAAAAGAACUAAGACCACUAUUAAAUGUUUGGUUGUUUUCUUUACAUUAUGUUAAUACAGAUACUAUCUAUAUAUAAAAUGUAUUUACAAAGCUGAGAUCAUAUUGUAUCUACAACUUUGUAUUCUGCUUUUUCUUCCAACACAUAACAGGUAGUCAAUGAAUAUAUAUAUUAAGCUGAACUGAUAAAUUAGUACUGUACCAUUUCUCAUCAAAAGCUAAUUACUUCUGCAGAAGGCAUUUAGUUGAUGUAAGACUUAAUGAGUAUGUUUGUACCUAAACCUUGUCUGCAUUUAUAAUCAUUCCUUAGAAAAAAGGGUCAAGAAGUUUAAAACAUUUAAGGUUGCUGAUGUUUUCUGGAGUAUACCAGUCUUGACUCUUACCAACAUUACAGCCCAGCUGUUUCCUUGCCAACACUAUUAACAUUUUUAAAAAUCAUUAUUUCAUAGGUGAAAAAACACCAAGUUUGUUCUGAGAAAAUUUCUUCCUCCCAUUACAAAAUUGAGUCAUCUGUAUGUUCACUCGAAAGCACUAUCUUUCAAUCUAAAAAUGGAAGGUUAAAUAAAAGAGGAACUGUCAA